AUGCCUCACUUCACUUUUUUUUUUUUUUUUUUUUUGCGGCGCGGCGACUAUGACAGCCUCGAGGGGCUCAGUUUUUUUUUUUUUUUUUUUUUUUCGGAGCGGGAGGACUCGGACGGACAUGGCAACCACAGAGAGAGCAGCCCUUUUCUUUUUUUUUUUUUUUUUUUUUGAGGAAGUGACUACUAUGACAGGAACCUGGCACUCUGGGAGGAAGAGCUGGACAUCCGCCCAAAGGUAUCGUCUCUUCUGGGCAAGCUCGUCAGCUACACCAACCUCUUUUUUUUUUUUUUUUUUUUUGAGGAGGCUGAGAGUGGGGAGGGCACCCGCCGGAGGGCUUUACAGGCGCCCAGCAUGGGCACCCUCAUGGGGGUGUACCUUUUUUUUUUUUUUUUUUUUUUCGGGGUUAUCCUAUUCCUGCGGCUGACCUGGAUGGUGUUUUUUUUUUUUUUUUUUUUUGCUCUCCUCAUCGUGCUCAUCUGCUGCUGCUGUACCCUGCUGACGGCCAUCUCCAUUUUUUUUUUUUUUUUUUUUUGUGUUGUUCCAGCUGGGGGCUCCUAUUUCAUUUUUUUUUUUUUUUUUUUUUUAGAAUUUGGAGGUGCUGUGGGCCUGUGCUUCUACCUGGGAACGACAUUCGCAGCAGCCAUGUACAUCCUGGGGGCCAUCGAGAUCUUGCUGGUUUACAUUGCCCCACCGGCUGCCAUUUUUUACCCAUUGGGCUUUUUUUUUUUUUUUUUUUUUACUUUGAACAAUAUGCGUGUGUAUGGGACUAUUUUCCUUUUUUUUUUUUUUUUUUUUUUGUUUGUGGGGGUCAAGUAUGUGAACAAAUUUGCCUCACUUUUUUUUUUUUUUUUUUUUUUCUCCAUCCUUUCCAUCUAUGCUGGGGGCAUCAAGUCUUUUUUUUUUUUUUUUUUUUUUCCGGUAUGCAUUUUUUUUUUUUUUUUUUUUUCCCGGGACCAGUUUGACAUCUGUGCCAAGACAGCUGUAUUUUUUUUUUUUUUUUUUUUUACCCAGCUAUGGAGUUUCUUCUGCCAUAGCCCCAACCUUUUUUUUUUUUUUUUUUUUUUCUACUUCCUGCUCAACAAUGUGACCGAGAUCCCUGGCUGCCCCAAACUGCCCAGGGUAGUCGGGGGCGGCUGUGGUGGUGUUUUUUUUUUUUUUUUUUUUUACCUGUGGAGCGCCUACCUGGAGAAGGGUGAUAUCGUGUUUUUUUUUUUUUUUUUUUUUGCAGAUACCCCGAGCCUGAAAGAGAGCCUGCCUCUGUAUUUUUUUUUUUUUUUUUUUUUAUCAUUCACCGUGCUGGUCGGCAUCUUCUUCCCUUCUGUUUUAGGUAUCAUGGCUGGCUCAAACCGCUCUGGGGACCUUUUUUUUUUUUUUUUUUUUUUCCCUUUUGUGUGGUUCUCUUUGGCGCCUGCAUCGAGGGUGUGGUUUUCCCCUGCAGGUAUGGCGAUGGCGUCAGCAGGAACUUGGUGGUGGGCACACUGGCCUGGCCUUCACCCUGGGCCACAGCUGCUGGUGCUGCUGAAGCUGGACGAGGACCUGCACAACAUCGCCUUCUACCCCAGCAACCACGAGCGCUACCUGGAGGGCCACAUAGACGCCCAGCUGGUCAAGGAUCGGCACUCGGCCCUGCGGCUGGAGAGCCUGUACUCAGACGAGGAAGAUGAGUCUGCAAUAAGGCCAGCCCAGUGCCGCUUCCUCUGGCAGUAG